AUUAGAAUUCAAAAUUGUAAUGUUUGUACAAGAGCUGCAGAGGCACCAGGUUUACAUGAGUUAUCUCUGAGCCAGGGGUGGACUGACAACUCAUGGGGCCCCCAGGCAAUAGGGGAUCAUGGGGCCCCUGUGUCCUUGUCCACACUCAAACCACACCCAAAAAAGCCUAUGAAAGGUACCAGGGGCAACUCAUGGGGCCCCCUACUGACCCCGGGCCCUCGGGCAGUGCCCGAGUUUCCAAAU